AUGGCGGUUAUGUCAUAUGAUAUCAUUGUCCGCCAGCUCGCAAUCCGUUCUGACGUUCUCAUCGAAAACUUCAAGCCCGGCAGUACGCCUACAAUCCCCUACAGCUCACCGAGUACUCACAAUGCUACCUCGACAGCGCUUGAGAAAUGGGACCUCCAUCCAGCGGCUAUCCACCCCUACAAUCCUGACCUCAUCUACACCCGUGUCAGCGGCUAUGGCCAAACGGGGCCCUGGGAGCCUCGUCCAGGAUACGCUUCAGUAUGCGAAGCCGAAUCAGGCUUUCGCUACAUCAACGGAUUUCCUGACGAGGCUUCUGGGGCCCUCAACGGGCCACCAGUUCGUCCAAACAUCAGCCUGGGAGACUCGGUAGCGGGAUUGCAUGCGGCAUUUGGUACUGUUUUGGCUCUUCUACAAAGACAGCGCAAGAAAGAAGCUGGGGAAGCUGGAGGGACGACGGUCGACGUUAGUAUUCUUGAGAGUAUGCUCAACCUGAUGGAGGGUAUAAUCCCGGAAUACGACCGCAAGAGCAAAAUUCGCGGCCCUUCUGGAUCUUCUGUGACCGGCAUCGUUCCGACCAACGCAUAUCCGUGUCUUCCCGCCUCGUCUUCCUCAACGACCCCCGUAUACAUCGUCAUUGGCGCCAACGGUGACACGCUUUAUGCCCGAUUAAUGCAUCUCAUUGGCGCCCCGCAUCUUGCUUCACCCCAGUAUGCUCAGAACCACCAGAGGGCUGUCCCCGCCGCUCAAUCUGCUAUCGAAGAGGCCAUCCGGGCCUGGACCAGUGUCCGAAGCACAACGGACGUCGAACAGGCAUUGGAGGCCGCAAAGAUCCCAGUCGGCAGGGUAGUCAAUGUGAAAGACAUGGUGGAACAGGGAGAGCAGCUCCGCGCACGGGGUGCCAUCCAAGAUGUCUGGGUGCCGUCCAAGGGCGAGGAUGGGUGGAGCGUCAAGAUGCAGGGGACGUUCCCUGUUCUUGAAGGGUGCGAGGCCAAGCCGCGUUGGGCUGGCCCAGAUCUCGGAGCGCAUACUGGAGACGUGCUUGGUGGUCUUCUGGGCUUGUCGGAAGCGGAACUACAGAGGUUGAAGGAGAAGGAUAUCAUUGGAUGA